GGACUCCGUCAGUCUGUCAGACACAUUUUCUGUCUGAGACGGGAAAACAGCCAACAGUCAAGAUGAAACUGUCCAUUGCCAUUGCUGUGUUGAUGCUUGUGUUCGCCGCACACACAGAGGCUCAGGAGGCUGAGAAGACCAUUGAGGAGCAUUUCGCCACCUUCGGCAAUCAGAUGAAGGAGCUAACUGAUGACCUAACUGUCAAGUCCAAGGACCUGGUUGAAAAGAUCGGAGACAGCGAGUUCGCCACCAAAACAAGGAACUGGUUCACUGAGCAGUUUGACAAGAUGAAGGUCAAGUUCGACGAGACCUUCCCCAAGCAGUAGUAAGCCUGUACACCUCUGACCCUGCCUGUCUGUGACCAAUAAGACCCCCCCCCCAUCACGCUUCUUGCUCUGUCUUGCCUGGUGACGCGGUUACUGUGAUGCUGACACAUGCGUUAUGCCGACAGACACAAAGGUUAUAUUCCCCCUCUGUGAAGAGACCGACGUCAUCUCUGUGUAAUUGUUAUGGCUUUCUUUAAUAACCUGGAUCACAAUGAGUUGAACAAUAAAGAUACAUUUGUGAUAAAACUGUA